GAAAAAUCUGCGGAUGCGGCAGGGAAGAGCCUACUUUGAAACUUGUUUUAGGUGUGAUGCCGAAGAAGAGGGACGAUCGUCUUCCUUAGAGAAGUUUGUCUCGGAAUCCUUGCCUGAUCUCAGAUUCGCAGAAAAAGUGAGCUUCGUCAUAGCUCAGGCGCAUCCCUUGCUGACUAUAGUUUCUGCAGAGAAAAGUUGCCUAAACGACAACGAGCGUUCUUCGAGUAGUUCUUCCUCCA